UCCUGGAGAGGGAGAGAGGGAACAGAGCGAAUGGCGAGUGCCAGCCCUGUGAUAACGCUCCGGCCGGUUGGCAAUGUUACCCACCAGCAACUGACCCAAAGCACCGAGCCACCUGUCUGGUCUGCCCUGCACCUCUACCAGACAAACCUCCUGGGAACAAUCUUAGCGAUAACUGGAAAUAUCCUUAUCAGUAUAUCUCUAAAUAUUCAGAAAUACACACACAUCCGGUUAUUAUGUCAAGAGAGCCUAAAGCCUUACUACACGAGCAAGCUGUGGUGGUGUGGAAUAUUUCUGAUGGGAUUGGGUGAGCUGGGGAACUUUGCUGCUUACGGCUUUGCCCCAGCAACUUUGGUCGCUCCAUUGGGUUGCGUAUCUGUUAUUGCAAGUGCAGCAAUCUCGGUGGUGUUCCUGAAGGAGAGAUUGCGCUCUUCAGAUAUCUUGGGGGGAUCUCUGACUGUUCUGGGAACCUACCUUCUGGUGACCUUUGCCAUUAAUGGCCAACAAGAAAUCACCGCCAUUAAAAUCAGGAACUAUAUCGUCAGUUGGCAGUUCUUGGUUUACCUUACACUGGAGUUCCUGCUGUUCUGUGCUUUGCUGUAUCUCAAUAAGAGAAAAGGACUGAACCACAUUAUAAUCUUGCUGCUGAUGUCCUCCUUACUGGCCUCUCUGACAGUGAUCUCGGUGAAGGCAGUGGCUGGCAUGGUGACCACGUCCAUAGAGGGCCAGCUGCAGUUCCAGUACCCCAUUUUCUACGUCAUGGUUCUCAUCAUGAUCACUUCCUGCAUCUUCCAAGUACAAUUCUUGAACCAAGCCAUGCGCCUCUACAAUGCGACGGAAGUGGUGCCAAUCAACUUUGUUUUCUUUACGACAAGUGCUAUUAUUGCAGGAGUGAUAUUUUAUCAGGAAUUCUACGGCGCUGCCUUACUCAAUGUCUUCAUGUUCCUGUUCGGGUGUAUGCUGUCAUUCCUGGGUGUUUUCUUAAUAGCCAAGAACAGGGAGAAGCAGACAGCUAAAGUCCCAUAUAUUGACAUGGGCACCAUUCCAAAGCAGAAAAAGGCAGGAAAAAUACAACCGGAUCUCAACAAUAUAAAUUCUUACGGAACUGUACGGGGUGAACAACAGAACAAUUCUGUGGGAGAAAAUGCAAAAUAACUAUCAAGCAACAGAUCAAAAUGGAUUUAGAACUUGAACUAAGUAUUAACUCAACGUUAACACCUCAUCGUAUUAGAAUAGUUCUUGAGCUGGCUGCUGGCUGCGGGUAGACCCCUACUCUACCCACUGUGGAGCUAUUGUCAUUCAAUCAGACUUCAAUGUUUACACUGGAAAAUAUCAUUUUGUCAGUUGUGUGGCUUCUAAGUAGAGAAGUAUGAAAGAACACCCUUCAUGGUUUAUUUUAUUUCAGUUUAGAGAGAUGCAACGUGUAAACAAGCACUUCGGCCCACCGAGUCCGGACUGACCAGCGAUCCCUGCACACUAACACUAUCCUACACACACUAAGAGCAAUUUACAGUUAUACCAAGCCAAUUUCUUACAAACCUGUACGUCUCUGGAGCAUGGGAGGAAACCGGAGCACCCGGAGAAAACCCACACCAUCAUGGGGAGAAUGUACAAACUCCGUACCGACAGCACCCGUAGUCAGGAUUGAACCUGGUUCUCUGGUGCUGUGAGGCAGCAACUCUACCGCUGUGCCACCAUGCUGCACCUAUUGAUCCUGAACCACUCAUUUUGAAAGCCACUUGACAAACAAAUGUAUGUAUUCCAAGAUUUAAACGUUGAGACAAGAUGGUAACUCUUUUCAUGAUUUGUUUGUAGCAAUGUUGGAAGUUGCAAACUUGGUGACUGCGGUCAAUGGAUGGGUUGAGGAAAGGGUGGCAUCAGAUUAAUGGGGAGAUUAUUUUAUGAAGCAAUGGAAUUGCAUUUAUACAGCUUCUCCGAGACCACACCGUACAGUACACGGUGACGCAGUGCCAUUUAACGCCCGAGACCUGGGUUCGAUCCUGACUACGGGUGCUGUCUGUAUGGUGUUUGUACAUUCUCCCCGUGACCUGCGUGGGUUUUCCCCAAGUGCUCCAGUUUCCUCCCACACUCCGAAGACGUGCAUGUUUGUAGGUUUAUUGGCUUUGGUCAAACUGUAAAUUGUCCCGAGUGUGUGUCCCUGGGACAUUGUUAGUGUGCGGGGAUCGCAGGCCAGUCUGGACUUGGAGGGUUGAAGGACCUGUUUCCACGGCGUAUCUCUAAACUAAAACUAAGCCUCAGGUCGUUCCCAAGUGCCUUGCAACCGAUGACAUGGUCUUUAAAUGCAGUUGCGGUCUCAACACAGGAAAUGCAGACGGCCAAUGGCGCACAGCAAGACUCCGCAGCCGACAUGCGAUGGGCGUGCCUGCUUUAGCAAUGUUGGUUGUAGGGUUAAUAUUGACCAGGACUGCAGGGGUAUCUCCCGAUCGUCAAAGGGAUACGAUAAAAGAAGAAGAAGGGUCUCGACCCGAAACGUCACCUAUUCCUUCACUCCAUAGAUGCUGCCUCACACGCUGAGUUUCUCCAGCAUUUUUAUCUACCUUCGAUUUUUCCAGCAUCUGCAGUUCCUUCUUAAAUAAAGGGGAUACGAUAAGUCAUUUUGCAUUCGCUGGAGAGAGAGAGCAAGGCUUUAAACUCUCAUUUGACCCUCGGCACCUCCAACAGUGCGGCAGUCUUUCCCUGUGGCCCUGGAGUGACAGUGUGGACUGAUUACUCGUGUAUCUCUGCUGCUCAACCCUCACUCCCACAAGUACUGUCAUCAUAAAGUCUAGACAUUUCUAUUAAUCUGCACAAUAGCAUAUUUAAUUUAGAGUAUUUACUUAAUAUUUGAUAUUUUCAAAAGUUAUUUUGCCUUAGCGACUAAAAUAGUUUUCGGUUGAAAUUAUCAACUAAUGAAAUAAAAUGUUGCCUUCUGCACUUGAAUGUUCUCUUUGCUUUGACUAUUCUCCAGUUCCUAUUUCUUUAGACUUUAGAGAUACAGUUCGGAAACAGGCUGUUGGGCUCACCAAGUCCCUGCCGACCAGUGGUCACUCCGUACACUAGCACUAGUUUGCAUGUUAUGUACACUACAUACACUAGGGACAAUUUACAAUUUUACCGAAGCCAAUUAACCUACAAACCUGCAAGUCUUUGGAGUGUGGGAAGAAACUGGAGCACCCGGAGAAAACCCAUGGGGAGAAAGUACAAACUCCGAACAAAGAUCACCCAAGGUCAGGAUUGGACCCAGGUCUCUGGCGCUGUAAGGCAGCAACUCUACCGCUGUGCCACUGUACCAAGCUGAUCUCUUACCCGGUGCCUUUCUUUAAAUCCAUUGUCUUUACAGAACAUAGAACGGUAUAGCCCACAUCGCCUGUGCUGAAAAUAAUACCAGGUUAAACUAAUCUUCUCUGCCUGCAAAAUGACCCACAUCCCUCCAUAUCCAUGUGCUGAUCUAAUAGAUUCUUCAAUACGGAUACAAUUACAACUUUUAAAAGACUUUUAGGCAGAUACAGUGAUUGGAAGGUUUAGUGAGGUCUGGGUCAAAUGCAGGCAAAUGAGAUGAGAGCAAUUUGGUCCAUAUGGACAAGGUGGGUUGAAGGGCCUGUUUGCACUCUGCACAGCCCUGUCACAAUAACUGCCUUGGUUUUGAAUAGCUGAACAAGUUUGUUUUAGUCUUAGAGAAACAGUGUUGAAACAGGCUGUUCAGCCCACCAAGUCCAUGCCGACCAACAAUCACUCUCACACCAGUUCGCUGUUAUCCCACUUUCACAUCCUCUUCCUACACACUAGGAGUAAUUUACAGAAACCAUUUAAGCUACAAAACCGCACGUCUUUGGCAUGAGGGAGGAAAUCGGAGCACCCGGAGAAAACCCUCGCGGUCACAGGGAGAACCUGCAAACUCCGUGCAAACAGCACCCGUAGUCAGGAUCGAACCCGGGUCCCUGGCGCUGUGAGGCAGCAACUGUACCGCUGCAAUAUCAUGCCGC